AUGAACGUACUGAUUCGUACCGAUUCCAAGUACUGUAAGAAUAUUGUCGAAAAGUGGUAUGACACAUGGGAAUACAGGAGUUGGCUAAAGCCAAAGGGUAUAGAGCACUUGAACAUGGAUCUGAUUGAGCGCAUCAUGGAUUUAAAGAAAAGAAGAUCAAGGAGGGAUGCGAUGACGGAGUUCUUUUGGGUCAAAGGACACGCUGGUGAUCCCGGCAAUGAGGCAGCCGAUAAAUUGGCUGAGGCAGGUGCAAGGCGCGCAUACUGGGAAAAGCACGGUCGAUGGCCCAUAGGUGACCGUAGUCUGCCACAGAACAGGCCUGGUGAUGUGGAUUUCGUCCUUGGUAAGAAGGUAGUCAGAAGGCGAGAUGGCAAGGGCGAGGACCUUGUACCUCUGACACCAGAGGAGCUCGAGGCCCAGCUUGCAGCUCUGCGCGGAUGGAAGGCCAAGCGAGAGCCAGUCGGCGAUGGCAGGGUCGGCCAAGAUAAGGUCAGCAAAAAGAAGGCGAAAAAGAAGACAAGACAGAACGGCAAAUGA